AUGGACUCUGAUGGUAUUCUUUCUGCUCUGGAUGACUCUGAUUUUGAAGACUCAGGUAGUGAGUACAGUCCAAGUGACGUUUUAUACGAAUCAGAUUCUGAUGAGAGUAUUAGUGUAGAACCAGAUACUGAAAAUACCCAAAAUUUAGCUCAACAGGAAAAUAGUAUCAUAUCUGAUGAAUGGUUUAAUGUUACAGGAGAUUUUCGAAAAAAUAUUAUUUUUACUGGAGACAGUGGUAUCAAAUGUAACAUUGACCAAGAAUCUAAACCUAUUGAUAUUUUUAACCUAUUUUUGAAUGAUGAAGUAUUGAAUUUGAUUGUAACUGAGACAAACAGGCAAGCUAAAAGGUACAAAAGACAAUGGAUAGACACAGACAGUUUAGAAAUUAAAACAUUUUUAAGUAUUGUAAUGUACACAGGUAUGGUUGGUUAUCCUAAGAUAUCUGACUACUGGAGUCAACAAACUUUUUACAUAAAUAGUUAUGUACCAAAAAUUAUGGCUCGUAAUCUUUUUCAGUCAUUGCUUAGAUUUUUUCAUAUUUCUAAUAAUGAUUAUAAUCCAGGGGAUAGGUUAGGAAAAAUUCAACCUUUAGUUGAUUUAUUAAAUAAUUCAUUUAAACAAAGCAAAGUCCCAGCAGAAAAUGUAGUCAUUGAUGAAACAUUAGUACCAUUUAGGGGUCGCAUUGUAUUCAGGCAAUAUAUUCCAAAUAAAGCAGCAAGAUAUGGAAUUAAAUUAUAUAAAUUAUGUGACAACAUAGGUUAUACAUAUAACUUAAGUGUGUACAGUGGUAAAGAUACUAACAGAUCUAAUAGUAACAUUUCUUGUGCUGGUAAAGUUGUUCUGUCAUUAAUGGAAAAUUAUUUAAAUGAAGGAAGAACUUUAAUA